AUGGAAGACAUUUCUUCUAACCCGCCGUUCCCUGACGUCGCAAACUUCAACGUCAGCGAGUCUCUAGUCCCUCCACAAGAGCUCAAAUCGGCCGGGAAUUCAUCGGUCACCUUCGAUGGGCUAUUAGAAGAGCCGCUAGUCCUCAAGGAAGACUUGAAAGAAGGAUGUGGUGGGCAAUUGUGGCCGGCAGGCAUCGUUCUGGCCAAAUACAUGUUGCGAAAACAUCGCCAGGACCUUUUCGAUAAAACAAUAGUUGAAUUGGGGGCUGGUGUUGGCCUUGUAGGACUUGCAGUAGCACGGGGUUGCAAUGUUGGCUCUGUCCCUAUCUACGUCACAGACCAGGAGCCAAUGUUACCAUUGAUGAAAACGAACAUUGAGCUUAACAAUCUCUCAUCUGCAGUCGCUGCGACUGUGUUGAACUGGGGAGAACCUCUUCCAGACUGUAUUCCGACUCACCCCGCGAUCAUACUUGCCGCAGACUGUGUAUACUUUGAACCGGCGUUUCCCCUCCUCAUCUCUACAUUGCAAGAUCUGCUGGGACCUGAUUCAGUCUGCUACUUCUGUUUCAAGAGACGCCGACGAGCAGAUCUUCGAUUUAUGAAAUCUGCAAAAAAGAUCUUUGACAUUAAGCACGUUGAGGAUGACCCUGACUUAGACAUGUACAAGAAAGAGAAUAUCUUUCUAUGCUCCAUUCGUUUGAAAUCAGGUAGCGGAAACAGCCAGUUCGACAACAAGGCCUCCGCGUACAGAUGCUAG